CAGGUGCUAAGAGACUUGGCCAACCGCCUUCGAAUCCAUUCCAUCAGGGCUGCCUGUGCCUCCAGCUCCAACCGGCCCACGUCGUGGUGCAGCGCCGCAGAAAUCAUGUCGGUGCUGUUCUUCCACACAAUGAGGUAUAAACCGACAGAGCCAGAACACCCAGAUAACGACCGAUUUGUCCUCUCUAAGGGCCACGCUGCGCCCAUCCUUUAUGCUGUUUGGGCAGAGGCAGGUGACCUCAGAGAAUCAGACCCGCCGAGCUUGAGGAAGAUUGACUGUGACCUCGAGGGACAUCCUACCCCUAGACUGUCAUUUGUUGAUGUGGCAACAGGAUCUCUUGGGCAAGGACUAGGCGCAGCAUGCGGAAUGGCAUAUACAGGCAAGUACUUCGACAAGGCCAGCUACCGGGUGUACUGCCUCAUUGGAGAUGGGGAGACCUCUGGAGGCUCAGUCUGGGAGGCUCUGGCUUUCGCUUCCUACUACAGUUUGGACAAUCUCGUAGCAAUCUUUGACGUGAACCGCUUGGGACAAACUCGUGUUACACCAGUUGAGCACUGCACAGAUGCUUGUCAGAUGCGCUGUGAAGCCUUUGGGUGGAAUACUUACUUAGUGGAUGGCCAUGAUGUGGAGGGGUUGUGCCAAGCCUUUUGUCAAGCAACUCUAGUGAAGAACAAACCCACUGCUGUAAUUGCCAAGACUUUCAAGGGCCGGGAUAUUCCAAAUAUUGGGAAUGCUGAAGAUUGGCAUGGGAAAUCAGUCCUCAAAGAGAGGGCAGAUGCAGUUAUCAAAUUAAUUGAGAGCCAGAUACAGACCAACAAGAGUCUCAUACCAAAACCUCCUAUUGAAGACUCACCUCAAAUCUGCAUCACAGAUAUAAAAAUGACCUCUUUACCUGCUUAUCAACUCGGUGACAUAGUAGCUACUCAGAAAGCAUUUGGCUUGGCUCUGGCUAAACUGGGUCGUGUGAAUGGAAGAAUCAUUGUCCUUGAUGGGGACACAAAAAACUCCACCUUUUCUGAGCUAUUCAAGAAAGAACACCCUGAGAGAUUCAUUGAAUGUUUUAUUGCUGAACAAAAUAUGGUAUGUGUGGCUCUGGGCUGUGCUGCCAGGGGUCGAACCAUUGCUUUUGCUUGUACCUUUGCUGCCUUUUUGACUCGAGCAUUUGAUCAGAUCCGAAUGGGAGCCAUCUCUCAAACCAAUAUCAGUAUUGCUGGUUCCCACUGUGGUGUGUCCAUAGGUGAAGAUGGACCCUCCCAGAUGGCACUGGAGGAUCUCGCAAUGUUUCGAAGCAUUCCCAAUUGCACUGUUUUUUAUCCAAGUGAUGCUGUCUCAACAGAGUAUGCUGUUUGUCUGGCUGCCAAUACCAAGGGGUUGUGCUACAUUCGGAUGAGUCAGUCAGAGACUGCAGUUAUUUAUUCCUCAGAAGAAAACUUUGAGAUCGGGCAGGCCAAGAUUGUCCGCCACAGUGUCAAUGACAAGGUCACAGUUAUUGGAGCUGGAGUUACUCUACAUGAAGCCUUAGCAGCGGCUGAUGAUCUUUCUAAACAAGGAAUUUCUAUCCGUGUCAUAGACCCAUUUACUAUUAAACCCCUGGAUGCUGCCACCAUCAUCUCCAACGCAAAAGCUACAGGCAACCAGGUUAUCACAGUGGAGGAUCAUUACCAGGAAGGUGGCAUUGGGGAAGCGAUAUGUGCAGCUCUGUCUGGGGAGCCUGACAUCCUUGUUCAUCAGCUGGCAGUGUCAGGAAUCCCUCGGUGUGGGAAACCUAGUGAAUUGUUAGAUAUGUUUGGAAUCAGUGCCAAACACAUUAUAGCAGCUGUGAAAAACAUUCUCAUGAUCCAAAAUAGGGUUUGGUCUUAA